GUGCUCGGCGGCGCGCACUUGUCUCAUAUACCCGCGAACUUCGAUUGCGCGUACGUCGUAUCCGCUCUUCUGAAGCUUAUUUGUCUUCCAGUGAGUGAUAAACAACACGACUUAGAACCAUGGGUCUCACACUGAACAUCCGAUCGCUGUGCUCUCUUCCCGGCAUCCUGAAGAUCAUCCAAAUUAUCCUGGCCCUGAUCGCUAUUGCUCUGCUGCGCCGCUACAACCUCGAGUUCGACAGGGGCAGUCUCCUGGGCGCCAAUGAUGACUACAGGGAUCGCCAACUUACAGGCACCAUCGCCAUCGGCGCGUCUCUGCUCAUCUCCAUUCCUCUGCUCGUGGGCUACGUUUUCUUCGACGCCGCCUCCAGCCUCCUGGAGGCGCUGUUCUGCUUCACGGCGUGCACGAUGAACAUCGCAGGCGGCGCCCUGGCUAUUGAGACCUACAAGGAUCUCAACCACAAGGACGAAGCCGUGCAGGCUGGGCUCGGCAUGGGGUCCAUGAUGAUCCUGAACGCGCUGGCUUACCUCAUCGACGGUGUCACGGGCUCCAUCAGGUCGUCCAAGUGAACGCCUGCCGCCCUGCCGUGACUCGCCUGUAGC